GCAGGGACAGGGACAGGGACAGGGACGGGGACACAGGCUUGAGGGGCAAAUAAGAAACCCAGUUUCUCCAUUCAUUAUCUUGUAAACUUCUCUCACGGGGGUUUCGCAAUUUGCCAAUAAAAUGGAAGGUAGUUUGAAGCCAAUGGAUGCAGAACAACUCAGGGAGCGUGCUCACAAGAUGGUAGACUUCGUUGCUGAUUACUACAAGAAUAUUGAAAAUUUCCCAGUUCUUAGCCAAGUUCAGCCCGGAUAUCUGCGUGAACUUCUGCCAGACUCUGCACCAACUCACCCUGAAUCAUUACAAGAUGUUUUGAAUGGUGAAAGUUUGAAUUACUUAUAUUUGCUUUUGCAAUUUGAUUUUGAUUGUCCAGUUUUACUAUUUAGCACUUGUGUGGAGAUUAUUCGAAAAGUAAGGGUCCAUUUGGUAUGUGAUUCAAUUUUCAGUUUCGAGUUCAUUUUUAAUUUUAAAAAAUGA